GAUUCAUUUCAAAUUGUUCUUAAACUGUUCAUGGUCUUGAACUUUAAGUCAAAACUUCCACGUAAAUGUUUACAAUUUACACCAUAAAAUCGAAUAAAAUUCAAAAUGAGUUCGAGCCGGAGAAAUGUGCUGAUCGAGGCGGAUUCAUCAGAGGGUGCGAUUCAGCCAGACGACUUAGCCAAUGACCUCAUUAAAGGGAUUUUCAAAAAUUAUCCUGAGCGAGGCAUCCACGAUGAGCCAUCCUUCAGUGUGUCUGCGGGUUCUUUGCCGAAGUGUAGGAGUAAAAUUGAUAGUCGUCUAGAUUACUGGAAGAACAUGCUGAUGCAACGACGGGCCGUACAAGAGAGACUACGCAGCCAAUUGGGCAGGAAACCAGAGCAGAUGAUCCUAAAUCAGCAGGCAAAAACAGUAAAACGCUCGAUAGCGGGCUGCUUGGAGACCGUAGGACUGCCCAGCUAUUCAGCUGCUGAAAUGUUGGGUCUUGAAGCGAGAAGGGUCCUAAGAGUGGAGGAUGAGGAUGUUAUGCCAGAGCUAGCACCACAAAUCCGUGGUUUGGAGGUGGUGGGCAGGAAGUGCAAGGAGUUCCAGAGGGUUCAGGCUCAUGGCCCAAAAGUGACCGACCGGGCGGGCUGUUCAGAAGCAUCAUUAGGCACAAGAGCCGCAGUGGAGGUGGCCCAGUCUACGGGGACGAUCCAACAGCCGGUUAGCGGACCGGGCGUUCGCAUCAAUGGAAUCAAUUUCUGGCCACACAACCCAGAGUUCUCGCCCACCAUUGACCGCACCUUUGCUAGCCAACCCUUUCAACGACACCUGCGCCCCAUCAUACGCAUCGAGAACAUUGGCAACCAAAAGCUGAGCCUUCACUGGAAGAAGGUUAACUUCUUCUCGAACAACAACACUCUUAUGGAGGCCGAAGCGGAUGACUUCGUUUUUGAUAUGGCCCCAUUUGUGCUUUUUCCGGGCGAGUUUCGAGAUCUUACGGUUCUGUACCAGCCGCGCUGCGUGGCCAUUGUGAAGCAGCGCUGGCUGCUGUUGACGAGUCCACGCAUCUUCUUCUGUCGUCCUUCUGGGUUCACACUAAACCUGAACGGUCGCUGUACUCCGCCCAAGGAGUACUUGGACCGCCUGAAAAUGGAGCAGCUGCAGGUGCUGUCCUAUGAGGCGCGGGUGCAUCUGCAGCAGCGGACCUUGACCCUCUGUCCAUAUGAACGAGACCUGGAGGAGCGCGAGGUCUUCAACCGUCGCAACAGAAGCUUCCAGUGCCUGACCCACGAGGACUUUGAGCGCCUCAUGGCGUUCUACAAGCGGGUGAGGCCUCGAAACUCAUAUCUUGCCUGCUGGGACUACAGUGUGCACUCGCUAAUCCACCUGGUAUGUAACAGUCGCGACAUUCGGCGGCGCAUAGAACACCUGUCGGAACUGACCAACCUGCUAGACGGCCUGCGCAGAACAUCUUCAAUGCCACUGGGUACAGCGGACUCAGUCAGUAGGCUAUGGGAACGCAAUCACUCAAAGCUGAUUUAUGUGCGCGGCAUAGUAGCUGGUGUGCUGGAGGAAUGGGAACAGAAAGUGCAUCUCCUUAGGUCGAGGGUCAGCAACGAAGAUGCCAGUGGCAGUUUGCAGAUUGCGCGUUCAAAGUUUUUCAUGGAUUCAAUCUGCUCCCAGUUGUACGCACUGAUUUGCAGAGCGGUCGAGGACAUUGUGUCGGUGAUCGAAAGCACAGCUCAGAUUUAAUUGUCGCCGAGCACAGCAGCCAAACAUAUAACACUGAAAACACAAAAAAAAAUAUAAAUAA